CGUCUCCUCCCUCUCCAAGGAUACCUCCUUCCAUUUUUUUUUCUCCUCUCCUUCCUCCCCACCUGCUCCGCUCCUUCGCUCGUGCUCCGCUGCUCUUGCCUGGAUUCGGGCGGCCCCUCCUCCCUGCGACCGGCCGGCGGCGGUCUCCUCCUCGCAGCAGAGGCCGGUCGCCCCUGUCCCUGCCGCAUCCGCCAGGCAGCUCCCUGGCUGCAGCUCCCGCCUGUCUGCAGCAGGCACCAGGCAGCGGCCUCCAGAAAGCGCCGCAGCUCCUGCCUGCUCCCGCCCUGCAGCGCCCACCAGGAAGCCCCGCCUCCCUCACCAGCAGGUUGAUGAGAUUGUUGUGAGUUGUAAGGUCAAAUCCAUUCUCAGUAGUCAGCACCGAUGUCUCCUUCGGCUCUUCUACCUGCUCUCUCCGUCCUCCUCCUGUGCUGCUCGCCUCCGGCUCUUGCUUUCGUUUCUGAGCCUGCGCUUUCGCGAGCUGCUUGUGGAGAUGACCAAUUUGUCGUCUUGGAUGCCUCUGAUGGGCUCGUCAACCUGUCGGUCAAUGGGGUUCUGGUGCAAGACAGCGUUCUUGCCUGCCAGAAGCUCCGCUUCUACUUUCGGAGUGGUUGCCUCCGCUGUGGCGAGGUGUCAGAUGCGUGGAGGGUUGCGGUUAAGCAGUACUGUGGUGAAGGGAGCGAAUCUAGCCACGCAACUUCACAUCAAAAUGUCCCAAGGAAGCUGUUGAGGCAGUCCACAGAUAAUAGCUCGAGAAAGGAUUAUGACCCAUGUGGAGGUUUGAGCUUGCAUGAAAAUAAUCAGGACACCAGUGAUUCUUCAGAAAAUGAUGAUCACCUCCUUGCUUUCCCCGGUGUGAUUCUUCUAUGCUGUGGUCUCAUGUUUCCAUGCUUCCAUGCUGAAAGAAAAGAAGCCAGUAGGAAUGAUGCUGCAAGUAUUCAGCGCAAUACAAUUGAAUCAGUUUCGUCUUAUGAAGUAAGCAUGUCAUCUGAGAAAGUGCCACCAACUCCGCAUCGAAUACCUCCAAGUCCUUCGAGAUUUGCACCAUCUCCACAAGUAGCUAGAGUUGGAUCUGUCAACUUAAGCAUCCAGCAGAUCCUCAGGGCAACUCAGAAUUUCUCACCUUCCUUUAAGUUAGGUGAAGGAGGAUUUGGGAUGGUCUACAGGGCUGUCUUGCCAAAUGGCACUGUUGUUGCAGUCAAGAGGGCUAAAAAGGAUCAAUUUGCUGGUCCUAGGGAUGAGUUUAGCAAUGAAGUAGACUUGCUUGCCAAGAUAGACCACCGAAAUUUGGUGAGGUUACUGGGCUUUACUGACAAAGGAAAUGAGCGUAUUAUCAUCACUGAGUAUGUUCCAAAUGGCACUCUAAGAGAACAUCUCGAUGCAGGUCAGCAUGGCAGAGUCCUGGAUUUUAAUCAGCGCCUAGAAAUUGCAAUCGAUGUUGCUCAUGCACUUACUUAUCUCCAUCUGUAUGCGGAGAAGACGAUAAUUCACCGCGAUGUGAAAUCAUCAAAUAUCCUACUGACGGAUAGCUACCGGGCAAAAGUGUCUGACUUUGGAUUUGCAAGGAGUGGCCCUAGUGACACGGAGAAGACGCACAUAUCAACAAAAGUGAAAGGCACAGCUGGGUACCUGGAUCCUGAAUACCUGAGAACAUACCAGCUAACUCCAAAGAGUGAUGUCUUCUCCUUUGGCAUAUUGCUUGUGGAAAUUCUUUCUGCUCGCCGACCCGUAGAGCUGAAGCGAACUCCUGAAGAGAGGAUAACUAUCAGAUGGACUUUCAAGAAAUUUAAUGAAGGAAACAUGAGAGAGAUAUUGGAUCCAUUGCUGGAGGACCACGUUGAUGAUGAGGUGCUUGAGAAGCUCCUUAGCUUGGCGUUCCAAUGUGCUGCUCCAACACGGGAUGACCGCCCGACCAUGAAGGAAGUUGGGGAGCAGCUGUGGGAAAUAAGGAAAGAGUACGCAAAGAGCAUCAGGAAGGUGUGACGAUCAUGGAUAAUUUCUGAUGUGUAACCACACAAUAAACUGCAAAUGGUUUACCUAAGUUAAAUACAUGAGGGGUUCGGGUAGUUACUGGCAGAAAGUAAAUGAAUAUGUGGCGAGCAUUAUUUAUAAAAGAUUUGUUCGUAUACAUAUUAGUCUAAUGCAUUUUAAACAAUUAUGUGCCUAGGCAUCAAUAUGAUGAUGGUCACUAGCUGUCAUGAUGGUGAUUGGACCCCCUACAUUAUGCAGAUCGGCGUGUGGUCGUGGGCUUGAAAUUUUGAUGGUCUUUACAAAUACUACUGAAGAUGUACCUGCUUGGCAUGUAUUAAAUUUUUCAAGCAAUGAUACAGAAGAUGUACCUGCUGGGCA